AUGUCAAAACGUCGCGCAGUUUCGAGCCACAACGUCAAUUCCAAGCGGCAGAAGACAGGCAAGGAGGUUGUGGCCUUGCUGGAGAGAGAGAAAGCAGAGCAGCAACAGAAGGAUUUGAAUUACAUCCUCGAAACAUUGAAGGGCGAUCCGGACCGGAUUCCUGCAGUGUUGAGCGUUCUGCGUCUGGACACUCCUGCGGGCUUUGAUGCUUCCACCCACAUCCCUCCCGACUACAUCAAGCGCUCCUUCACUCGGUUGCCGAACAAGUUUCUCACAGAGUUCUACGAACAUCUGGGGGCAUUUGGAGGUGCUGAGCUCAAGAGAAUGAUAAAGGCCAACAACAAGUGCCUGGUGCAGAUUCUGCAGCGGCUUUGCAUCAUUCCCCCAACGAUGACGAUCUGGACCAACGAGAAAAGCAUCCUGGUGAAGUGCUUCGAGGGUCGCAUGAACAGUCUGCAGCUCACACCGUCUGUCAUCCAUGUUCAGGAUGACGACACGAUUGAUUGGACGAGCAGUGGUAUUUUUCAGCUGCUGCCCGUCUAUGACAAGUCUGGUGCUGUAGAGGAGUCGGACCACAUUUACAAGGAAAUCAAAUGCGGCUCAGUGGUUGCGAGUUUGAAGACAUUUUUGAUCGUGACGGCUGCUUGGACCAUCAGCAUGAACUGGUCGCUAGUGGAGGCCACACUGGUGUGCCCUCAAGAUGCCAACGUGGCGCCCAAGUGCACCAGCUUCUUUCAGCAAGGGAUGGUUGCAGACCUCAUGGAAAAGAACAGUGGUGGACUGCCUCUGGCCAUGUCCAGCUCGGCAAAACAGCAGCUUUCGAUCGAGGAUGGCAGCCCAGAGGCGAAGGAUCCGGAUGGCCAUAAGACUGCAGAUGGAAAGGCAACGGGUGUUUGCGUGACACCCACCAAGAGCACAAGCAUCGAUGUUGGCACGUCAGGGUCCCCGUCCAGCACAACGGCCGGUGAGUCGAUUACAGCGUCUCCGCCGCCGGUUCUGCCGUCAAAGGCUGCAGCUGCUCGCAAGCGCCUGUUGGGCAAGCAGUGA